AUAUCAGCAAAUGGAAAUAGAUAAAUAAUGAUGCGACUGCGUCCAAAGAUCCCGCGCGCAUCUCCAGUACAGCCUUGCCAAAAAUGUUCCCCCUGUCGUUGGACACGAGUCCGAUCUGAAAUUCCCUGUCGUAUUUAGCAUUCAACUUCAACCUUCCAAUCUCAAUCCCAUCAUCUUCGCCCCCAACCAAGACUUGAAGAGAAAAGAAAGCACCACCCUUACCCACUCACCAACUCCAUUCUCACCCAAUCCCAAAACCACACCAACAAACGAACUCCUCUUCUCUCUCUCUCACUUCCUCUCCACGCCUCCAAGGUCCCCUAUCCUCUCCCUAUAUAUAUAUAUUCGAACACUCUUUGUUGUUGAACUCAGGUUUUUUCAUUCAGAGGCAAAGCGAGAUGGCGGAAGGUGACAACAAUGGAUCGUCAAAACCAACGGUGACUCCGUACGAGGAAGCCCUGGAUGCUUUAUCCUCUUUGAUAACGAAACGCAGUCGUGCUGAUAAGAGCAACAACGGAGAUCGAUUUGACGUGCUUUUCGAUUAUUUAAAAAUCCUGGAGUUAGAGGAGGCAAUAUCAGAAAUGAAGAUCAUACACGUGGCAGGCACCAAAGGAAAGGGAUCUACGUGCACCUUCACGGAAUCUAUCCUACGUAAUUGCGGCUUUCGUACUGGACUUUUCACAUCACCUCAUCUCAUUGAUGUCCGAGAAAGAUUUCGUCUGGAUGGUAAGGACAUUUGUGAAGAGAAAUUCUUGGCAUAUUUCUGGUGGUGUUAUGAUAGACUAAAGGAAAAAUCUACAGAAGAUGUACCAAUGCCUACCUAUUUUCGCUUUCUUGCUUUACUUGCCUUCAAGAUAUUUUCAGCGGAACAGGUAGAUGUAGCUAUUUUGGAGGUUGGGUUAGGUGGAAAGUUUGAUGCAACAAAUGUGGUUCAGAAACCUAUUGUCUGUGGUAUAGCUUCCCUUGGGUAUGAUCACAUGGAGAUUCUUGGAAAUACUCUAGCACAGAUUGCUGGGGAGAAGGCUGGUAUCUUUAAGGAUGGAAUUCCAGCUUUCACUGUGCCUCAACCUGAUGAAGCAAUGAAUGUUCUUGAAGAGAAGGCUUCUGAGUUAAAUGUACACCUUCAAGUGGCGGAGCCAUUGGAUGCCAAAUUGCUGAACGGUUUAAAACUUAGGCUUGAAGGUGAGCACCAGUAUUUAAAUGCUGGUCUUGCCAUUGCAUUGUCUUUCACUUGGCUUCAAAGGACUGGGCAUCACGAAUUUACCCACAUGGAACCGGCUAGCUCACUUCCCGAGCAGUUUAUUAAGGGGCUAACAACAGCCAGUUUGCAAGGGAGGGCUCAAAUUGUCACUGAUCAAUACAUUAAUGCCGAGAGUUAUGGAGAUCUUGUGUUUUAUCUGGAUGGAGCCCAUAGUCCUGAAAGCAUGGAGAUGUGUGCAAUUUGUUUUUCUCUUGCCAUAAAAGAAGACAGCCAGAAAAGAACCUUUAAUUAUCCCCCACAGAACAAUGCUGAAUCCACUAUUGAAUUGGUACAGGAGCAUCAUGAUGACCGUGAUGUAAAGAGUUCCAUGCAGAUAUUGCUGUUCAAUUGCAUGUCAGUGCGAGAUCCUCAGCUGCUUCUUCCUCCUCUCAUGAAAGCAUGUGCAAAUCAUGGUGUCUACUUCAAGAAGGCGCUCUUUGUUCCCAACACAUCCGUGUAUUACAAGGUUGGAUCUCAUGCAUUAACACCAACUGAUUCUCAAGUUAAUUUAUCAUGGCAGUUUGCUCUUCAAAGAGUAUGGGAGAAUCUCAUACAGAGCGAUAAAGGAGGGGAGGUUAAGCUUGCUGUUGCUGGUUGUGAAGAAGGUAAAGAGGAUGCCAAAAUGAGUGGUAGGACUUGUGAAAAUAGUGCAGUCUUUCCUUCUCUCCCAUUGGCUAUUAAAUGGCUUAGAGAGAGCGUCCAACAGAAUCGAUCUGUUCACUACCAGGUCCUUGUAACCGGUUCAUUGCAUCUUGUGGGUGAUGUGUUGAGAUUAGUCAAAAAGUGAGGCACAGGACGAAGCUGAAGGUCCCCAGUUGCAAGAAUUUACGCUUAAAAAGUGCUGGUACUGAUGCUGGAUGAACGAGUUAGAUACUUCCGUCCCAUCAACUUCUCUAGGAUUCAUUUGAACUGCUCCGUUGAAGAUGUUGGCAAUUUAUUGCAGCUUGCUUGGAAUUUGGGGAUACAUCAUGCGUUGUUAUUGAAAGUUUGCAAAUGAAUCAUCAGGAAUUUCGUUGUUAUUGCAAUCAUAGAAACUUCAGAUAUUGCUAGAAAUGAUUACCAACUACUCUCUAGGAAAAUCAGUGUACUUUCAUGAGACUCUGAAAAUCAGACACGUGCUGCUGAUUCUCACUCGCAGCUGAAGAGGAAUGGCUGAGGCUGUUGCUUUUGAUGUUGCACACAUGCUCGUUCAUCGAGUUGCGAAUGUGGACUUGUCAAAAGAUAUACCUCCGUGACACUAAGUCUCCUCAUCUGCAUGAAAUUGGGAACCAGAUCGAACUCGUUCGAACUCAGAUCUGUCAACAGGUUUACCUCCAUGAUCACCCUGCUAGUUUGCAGGCAUGUGGUUGAGAAGGUUAUAUCCACAUGAUUGAGAAGAGCAUAUUAUCAGCUUGGAGAGUUUUGCAAGGGAUCUGAUAGCCCUGUUGGUAUUUAGCUACUACGCCCCCUGCCAAGAAAGUGUGUAGUCAUAUUGCAAGUCAAGAAAUUUGAACUGUUCCGAUAAAAAAAAUGUCAUGCAUUUGUUUUAACCCUGUAUUAGUGUUAAUUUCAGCAAUU